AUGCCUAAUAAUCGAAAAAAACCCACGUUAAUAUCACAGAAGAAAAAUAUUGAAAAUCCACCAUACUGCUCUGGAUCUUCCUCCGGUGACUCAAACUUCCAAGAUCAUCAAGAAGCACUUUAUUUUGUCUCGAAUGUACUUCGAUGUUUCUUCUUUUUGCCAUUUCCAAAGUAUAGUUUUGAGAAUGGUGGCGGUUAA